GGGUUGCCCCUACGUGGGAAUCAAACAAAACCAGAAAAAAAAGCGACACAAAACAAACAGAACAACAACUAAGAUCAACAAUGACAAGAUCAUCCAACCUGAGCCAUGGCAGACGUCCCAGCCAAUGCGAAUGCUGGAUGCCCAGGAGUGGGUAGUGCUGGAGCGGGAAAAGCUUCUGGAUGUGCUGGUUGCCCCAAUCAGGGAUCCUGCGCUACCGGUCAGCCUCCAAAACCUGAUGAUGAUAUCAGACUGAUUCAAGACCGAUUCAGUGGAAUCAAACAUAAGAUUCUGAUUUUGUCGGGGAAAGGUGGAGUAGGUAAAAGUACGGUAACUACAUGCUUGGCUCGUGCUCUCGCUUCUGAUCCUGAAAAGCAGGUAGCCAUUCUGGACGUCGAUAUCUGCGGUCCAUCUCAGCCACGAAUGCUUGGCGUAGAGAAUGAAGAAGUUCAUGACAGUGCAGAUGGCUGGACGCCUGUAUCAGUGCGCGAGAAUCUGUUGCUGAUGAGCAUUGCCUUUUUACUCGGAAAUAAGAACGAUGCUGUUAUUUGGAGAGGAGCGAGAAAGAACGGUAUGAUCAAGCAGUUUCUUCGCGAUGUGGACUGGGGAGAGGUCGAUUACUUGCUCAUCGAUACUCCACCAGGCACUUCUGAUGAACAUAUCUCACUAGUACAGUUUUUACUACAAGCGGGAAGUCUCGAUGGAGCAGUCAUUGUCAGCACUCCGCAAGAAGUAUCGUUGUUGGAUGUACGAAAAGAGGUCAGCUUCUGUCACAAAACCAAAGUCCCUAUCUUGGGUGUUGUUGAGAACAUGGCAAAGUUCGUCUGUCCACAUUGCAACCAUACAAGUGUGCUUUUUCCAUCAACUACAGGUGGAGCAACCACAAUGUGUGAGGAGGGUAAACUUGAUCUUCUUACACAGCUUCCACUGGAACCUGGUCUUGCUAAGGCUUUGGACAAUGGAGAAGACUUCUUUGAACGAUAUCCUGAUUCUGUUCUCGCGAAGGCCUUCAUGGAUCUAGCUGGAAAGCUCCAGACUAAAUUGGAGUAGAUUCUUCUUGGUAGUUCUCAUAGAAUUACAGUUUAUGAGAGCUGUUGUAGCCAUUCCGCGCUUGACACUCAUGGUGGUCGUGUGAUAUCCCGUCGUCUUAUUAGUUAUAUUACCGAUCUGUAUAUUUUACCUCACUGUUGAGUUUUACCGCUCUUGUCAAAUUCUAUUGUUUUUGUUUUGCUGUUGUUCAAUAUCCGAAAUAAAUAAUGUUAUCUAGCA